AAGGUUACAGUCUCUGUUUUUCACUUGUUCCUGUGAAAUUCCUGAAGUUUGGAUCUUUUGUUCUGAAGUCUGAAGACGAAGUUAGAGGAGGACAAAGACGGAGAGAGGAGAGCAGCCUUUAACCCGAGCUAUCUGGACUGACCCGGGUCAGGUCUUCACGGGUCUACACGGAACCACACGGGGUCCACAGUUCGGAGUUUUGAGCUCCUUUAGGCGGGUUGAGAGGGAAGAGUUUGGGGAGAAAUCGUGAUGGACGGGGGAGGAGGAGGAGGAGGAGCUGAGAGGAGAAACAGAUAUGUGGCAAAACUUUGAGUUUGUUCUCUCUGAAAACGAGCUGAAAUCCAAACACCUGAGAGACAGAGUCGGCGUAAAGAUGGAGGGAGAGAAGGAGCAUCAGAGGGAGGAGAAGGAGAGCAACGAGGCGGAGGACGACAGGAUCUCUGAUGAGGAGGAGAACGAGGAGGUGGAGGAGGAGGAGGAGGAGGAGGAAGGUUCAGAAGGAGCAGCCAUGGUGUGGCAGGAAGGAUACGGCGAGGACAACCUGGGCCUUCCCAUCAUGCACUGGGAGGCUCUGAGCCUGAGGAUCGCCGAGCUGGAGAAGGAGGAGGAGGAGAAGAAGGCGAAGGGAGUGUGUUUAGAUCGAGGCAGAGCUCCUCUCAGCUGGAUGGAGGAGAGAGGGAGGAGGAGAGAGGAUAGUUGGGAAGAUCGAGACGACGCCUGCAACAGCCAUGUGCUGGCUCUAACGUCACGGCUGCAGACGCAGAUGAACCUCCAGCUCUGCUUCAUCAACGACAGUGAGAGUGAGGAGGAGGACGAGGAAAAGGAGGAGAGCAGGAGGGGGGCGGUUCAGGUCCAGAAGAGUCCUCAGCCUGCAGCCAAGCCGGACAAACCUAAGUCUAGAGGCUUCAGGAACACGCUGAGGAACCUGAGGGACCGCCUGAGGACCGACCACAGAUCUGUGUCUGCAGCUCGCAGUGAUGCCGCCGUCAAGAGGAGACAUCUGGAUCUAAGCGAUUUACAAAAGUUCAGCAUGAAGGAGCUGAACGCUCUCAACAAGUCGCUCAGCAAGAACAUCCAAGACCUGAGCUCCGAGCUGGUUGGUCUCCUGCAGGUCCGGGACCAGCUGAGGACGGAGCAGGACGCCAUGCUGUUGGAGGUCCAGGACCUGACCUCGCUCUGAGGACGAGGAAUUGAUCUCGCUCUGAGGACGAGGAAUUGACCUCACUCUGAGGACGAGGACCUGACCUCACUCUGAGAACGAGGACCCAACCCUGUUCUGAGAACAGGGACCCGACCUCGCUCUGAGGAUGAGGACCUGACCUCGCUCUGAGGAUGAGGAGGGUUUAUAUAUCCCACAAACAUAUUAAACAGUCUGAGGACUUGGUGGAGAAUCAGACGGAGUCAAACGUUUUGAAGCGAUCAGGCUGAGCAGUCAAAUCACAGAGGAGAGUUUGAGUAGAUGCCUGCAGAGUUCUUUUUCAUGUUUUCGUGUUUUUAAAGGGAAUCUUUGUGUCUCUAAAGGACUGUUUACACCAGAGAUGAUCCUGAACGGGGGACCUGAACAGGGACAAUUUUGGGUUUCUGUCAUGUUUAGACUCAGAUCUCAAAUCCUCUGCACCAGGAUUGCAGGUAAAGGAGGGCACCAUGUCCUCACAUAUGGUUCACUCAGUAGAUGAGGAGUGGUCAGCAUCAUCAUGGUGAAGAGGGGAGGAGCACACAGAUGGAUGCAGGAUGUGAUGAAAAAUAACAGAGCAGCAGAAAAGCCAGCACUUCAACAUAGCAUGUUUCCUUAAUGUCUGAUCAUAUAGUAAAGUCACUUUAUCAUCUCACUGAUUGUUGAAUGUUGUCAGGAGAUUAAACACAGAUGAGUAUAUGACUUCUUUGUGGCGUCUCUAACACGUUUUCAAAAAGCUGCUCCUCUCUGGGUCAGAGAUGCACAAAGGGAACGUUUGUUGCGUGUGGUCACAGUUUGGGCGAGGACAGCUGAAGGACAGGGCUUUGUUACCUGCCUGCCCAACAGGAAGCAGACCAACUCCACAUCCAGCGGUAAAAGCCAAGAAAAGGUUCACCCUGCUUUUAGAACAAGCUUUAUCUACUUGGUGUUUCUCCUCACUGUGAUUAUUUUUUCUCUUCUUUGCUGCUACGUCCACUUCUGUCAUAUUCACCUGUUUGAAUGGCGUCCAAUCACUGAAUUGUAUGAACUCCUAAACUCACCUGCUGCUCUGUCAUUGGCUGGAGGAAACACACCAGAGUCAACAAGAACAAAGCAGAACAGUCAAAUCCAGUCAGAGGACAGGGUCUCUGCAGACACAGUCACCACCACACAUGGAUGGAGGCCCAGAAGGGACGAUGGAGCAGCUCUACUUUAAAGUUUAAAUCCUCGUUAAUUCUGUUUUUAGGGGCCAAAGAGUCGGAUGUUUACAGAGUCUGAGUUUGAUUUAAAGGUUCUGUGGUCGCUCCUUUAGUCCAACCAGUCUCACUUUAAGUUCCCGCACUGAUCCCAGAUUGAACUGAAACAUUCAGAGUCUCUGUGUGAUUGACCAAUCAGAAACGUUCACCUUCUGACAUCACCUGAAGUGACCUCACUGAGACUGAUGAUGAGAAGAGAAACUCACCGGACGAUAACGCAACUCGUCUUUAACUCUUCUGUUUCCUCUUUGAAUCUUCGUGAGAAGCUGCUGAAUCUGCCGACUGAUCGAUCCGGUCGAAACGUUCAUCUGACUUUAGAAAGUCUGAACCAUCUCGUCUGAGUAAACAAGCAUGCUGAUUAAUCUCACCAAAUCGCUUGGUAAAUGUUGUAGAUGUAGUUGUCAUGUUUUUGUUGUCACUUUCGACAUUGAUGUUGUUGUCAUGUCGUCAUUGUCGUGGGAUAUGUAAGGGAUUUUUUAACCAUGUUAGUUUUUUUUUCAGUCUCGGCACACGUUAUUAAAAUGUUGGUGUAUAAAACAAGAUUGAUUAUUGUUGAUGUUUCUCUCUUCUUCACUGACGAACUUCAUUAAUAAAAUGACAUGAAGAUGA